AUGAAGUUCCUUUGCCUUCCAGGUGCCUUUGGCAGUGCCGUGAAAUUUGAAAUUCAGCUCCAGCCCCUCGUUUCCCGACUCGAGAAACAUGGCAUUGCCCAAUUCACCUUCACGCAGGGGCAGCACAAGGCCACUCCACCCCCGGGUUUUGAGCGAUUCUUUGGCCUUCCCCCUCUCUACCGCUUUAUUGACUUUGAUGGUCUGCACAAAGAUAUGCGCAACUUCCCAAUGGGCGAGGGUCAUGAAGACACGAUUAGACUUCUUGCAAACAAGGCAGACCGUUGUCCUUGGGCCCAUGUCGAGGAUGCGAUAAACUGCGUGUUUCAGACCAUGGAAGCCGACCCAGACAUUCAGGGUCUCCUAGCCUACUCCGAAGGCGCGACGAUAGGCGCGACCUUGGUGCUGGAGGAUGGUCGAAGAGCGGUGCGAGACGGCCGGCCUAGACGGAUCAAAUGUGCAAUCUUCCUAUCGGGGUGGCCUCCCUUGUGCGAAUGCGAAGGCGGGGGGACGAGCGUGCUCCUGGCGGGCGAGACGGAGGACAUGGUUGACAUACCCACCCUACAUGUGAUGGGCUGCAAUGACCCCUACCUUGCUGGCGCUAUGUCGCUGUACAACAUGUGUGAUGAAGACACGGCCGAGUUGUUGGAUCAUGGGAAGAGUCAUAACGUCCCGCGAGAUGCCGACACUAUCGAACUGAUCUGCGAUGCGAUCAGGCGGCUUGUAGAUAAGGCAUAA